CAGAAAACAAGCCACAAGCUCUCUGUUUUUGCCUUGAAUACGCUGCUUCGUUCUAAUCCAUUCUACGGAGUCCCGAGUCCCCAGGCGGCUUGAAUUAGCAAUCGGCGGUACGUCAUCCCCGGGGUCCUCUGGGCUGCUUCCCUUGCCUUGAGGUCCUGGUUACAUCUACCAGUACAUCAGCAUGUACCUAGACAACUAGAAUCAAUUUUUUUUUUCGGCCUUACUUUUCUUCACCUAACGUACUCGUACAGUAGCGGUGCGCCUCUGCCAUCUUCCGCAUUUGGACGCGCAAAACAAAUUGCCGUCCUGACCUCUUCUCCUCCUCCACCUCCGCACCACCCGAAGCAGCUUCGGUAUAGCUACAGCACCUGUUGUGUUCUGAGUUGCUGCUCUGUACUCGUACUGCGAGCCCCCACCAAUUAGAGCUCUGUGCUGGUCAUCUUCUCGAACCCUCAAGCACCAGACCGUCUCUUCCGCUUUCACACUUUAUUCACUACCUUACCUGCCUACGUAACUGCGACACCGCAAAGCCAAGCUUUCGCACCGACUCUAGCCCUUCGCCUAAACAUCAUCAUCACACUUCCACCACCAGCGAAAAAAGUUCAAUAGACGCUCUUCCACCAUGUCGAGCGGGCAGAAUCCUUAUUCGCAAGGCCCUACCCAGGAGUCUGGAUACGGCGGCGGCUAUGGUCAGCUAAACCCAUAUGCCACCAAUGCGAGCGAUAAUGCGUCGCCGUACAACACCAGCAACAACUAUGAGAUGCAGGACUACAACGCUGCUGGCAAUGGCUACUCCCAAGAGCAGGGAUCCCGGCCCACAGUCCUGUCGCAGCAAGACUUCCUCAACCGCGUGCAGAGCCUGCGCAACGACAUCAAGGCGCUGACUGGCGACAUUGACUUCAUUGGACAGCUGCACCAGCGCACUCUCAGCGCCACUGACCAGGAUGCGAACCAGCAGCUGGAGCACUAUGUUGCGCAGACGCAAAUCCGCAACACCGCCAUCAAGGAUGGCAUCAAGGGUCUUGAGCGCGACCUGCUCAAGACAACAGACGCCUCUCGCACUACCAAGAAGACCCAGCUCGAGUCGCUCAAGACCUUUUUCAAGUCCGAGCUCGACAAGUACCAGAGCAUUGAGCGUGACUACCAGGCGCGCUACCGAGAGCAGAUUGCGAGACAGUUUCGCAUCGUGAACCCGGAAGCGUCGGAGGAAGAGGUGCGAGAGGCCACAGAGGCCGACUGGAGCAAUGAGGGUGUUUUCCAGACUGCUCUUCGCACCAACCGCACUGGCCACGCUGCCUCUCUGCUUGGCAAUGUGCGCGCUCGCCACAAUGAGCUCCAGCGAAUCGAGCAGACUCUCUCCGAGCUCGCCAUCCUUUUCCAGGAACUUGCUGCUAUGGUCGAGCAACAGGAGAACGUAGUUGUUGCCGCCGAGGUAAACGCCGAGAACACAGUCCAGAACAUCGAGAAGGGCAACGAGCAGGUCAGCCAGGGUAUCGAGCACGCCCGCCGCACCCGCCGCCUCAAGUGGUGGUGCGCCUUCAUUGUUUUCCUCAUUGCCCUGGCCAUUGCUCUCGGCGUUGGUCUUGGUGUGGCUUUGACCAACAAGCAUUAAUCGGCCUUGACCAUCAUCUGGCCAUUGCCCCAAUUAUUAUUUGCUCUUUUUUUUUCUUAUUUCUCAAACUUCAAACAGGGGGAGCCUCUUUCUAUGGCUCACGGGGCGUAAUUAUUUUUUCCUUUUUUCUUCUUCUUAGACCAUGAAAUAUGUAUCCAACUGCAACUGGAGGAGCAUUACGCCUCUUCGCAGCGAACGACUAUUUGUACAAUCUUAAUUCUUACUUCGAGACGCUACGCUGGGGAGAAAGGGGGGAGGGGUGGAAAGUAGUGUCGAUUGCAGCGGCAAAAGGACGGGGAGAAUGAAAUAACCCGGCGAGGAGAAAAGCGGAUUUCGCGUGGAAAUUGGGGGAGGCCGAUUUGAUGAAUCUUAAUGCCAUGAACUCUCGGAUGCUGAUGACUUGGAAGGACGGGCAAGGGAAGGAGGCGGGAGUUCAUGUGGUUGGUACGGAUGAACAUAGGAUAGGGCUUUUUAUAACUUUAUGAAGUGGACAAUGAUGAGGAUUUGCUUUU